CUACAUCAGAAACAGUUGUUGUGUAGCCUCUGGCUCUAAUCAGCAUUAGGAGCGCACUCUGGGACACUUUACACGUAUUAAAGUAGCAUUUAAUGCGCGUUAAUAUACACGCGAGUCCAACGUCAGUGAAGUAAACACAGGAAGAAAAAAUGUUAGAUUGUGUGAUGUUAUGGAAUUGUAACCUGGGUGUUUAAAAACACACGACAGUGAUUCAAUGCCAAAGACUGUCAAACCUGCUGACGUAUCUGGUUCCUAAUCUGGACCGAGUGUACAGCGUUGUUGUUGUUGUUCCACCUUCAGAGGACAAUGCCGACUCACUCGCUGCCACCGUUUGUGGAGAGCCCAGAUGGACUUGCCCAAGAUAUUCUUAUUAGUAACAAUGCAAGCGUCCCAGGACCCGGCUGUAGCAUGACACCACACACCAUUUACUCAGAAAAGGCCGUGUUGCAAUCUGGAGGAAGCGUACCACUAUCGUGCAUGUUCUGUGAUCAGACUUUCACUCAUCAGGAUGAGCUAGGACCCCACGUAUUAACGCAGCACCCCACUACUUUCUUUGAGCCUGCCGUGCUCCGAGUUGAAGCAGAAUUCAGGAUCCCAGGGGAGCGACCCGGGCCAGAGCCGAGCAAAUUCCCCACCGACAAAGAAGAGGUCCACAGCUGUAUUGUGUGUGGUCAGGUGUCGCAUGAUGCCACUGAGCUGGAGACCCACACGAGGAAGCACAAGGACUACUUUACUUACUGCUGCAACGUCUGCGGACGGCGCUUUAGAGAGCCGUGGUUCCUCAAGAACCACAUGAAAAUGCACGUUAAACCAGGAGCGAAGAGCAAAGCCCUGCAAGAUCUGGAGAGCCCGGUCACGGUCAAUGGCGUCGUCCAAGACCUUGCUCCAGAACCAGUAGUCACCGUUUACAAAAUGUGCAUGGUGUGUGGGUUUUUCUUCCCUGACCACGACAGCCUGGCGGAACACAGCAAAGUACAUAAUCGAGAGGCGGAGCCGGGCAAAGAUAAAGACGAGGAGAAGAUGGACGUCACCACCAAAUCCCUUGCCAAGCAGGAAACAUUUCUUCACAGUCUAAACCUUAUGGCUAGACCUUCGACAGGAAAUAGUUUGCAACAUGACAGAUCAUCAAAAUGGAUUCCCCAGCUGGAUCCCUUCAACACAUAUCAGGCCUGGCAACUCGCUACGAAGGGCAAGAUAGCAGUUGGUCCGAAUAAUAUGAAAGACAUUGGCCAGGAAGCCAGCACGGACAAUGAAGAAUGCGGCUCCGAUAAGGAGGAGUUGAGUCACUUCUGGUCUGAGGGGCAAGCAGACAAAGCUACGAAAGGGGUCCUCGGGAGAGAGCCCCGGUCUCAGCAGCAGACCGUGGUAGAAAACGCGGCCCCGCCACGGAGGUCUCUAAUGCAGAAAAGUAAAGUCAAGGAAAGGCCGACCACUUGUGAGGAAUGCCAGAGGACCUUCAGGACCUACCACCAGUUAGUGCUCCACUCCAGGGUCCACAAGCGCGACAGAGGUGGCGGAGAGAGUCCGACUUUCUCCGUUGACGGGAAGUUGUCCAGAGCCGGCUCACUGGAGCACGCGGAGGAGGGCUGUGAGGAGGGCUUCGAGGAAGCGGCGCUGACGGAGAACCUGGGUCCAGGUGAAGAUGGUUUUGAUCGAUCAAAAAUCCGCUCGAAAGCCUGCAGUUACUGUGGCAAAUCAUUCCGAUCCAGCUAUUACCUCACAGUUCAUCUGAGGACCCACACAGGUGAAAAACCGUUCAAGUGUGCUUACUGCGACUACGCUGCAGCCCAGAAGACUUCGCUGAAAUAUCACCUGGAUCGCCGUCACAAGGACAAACCUUUUGUGGACAUUCCCAGCAGACCCGGGCCUUCGAUGCCCUCUCCAAACCAUAGAAAACACGACGAUGAAAAUCCUGCUCCGAAUAGAUCCAAACUCUGGGUUCCUGGAACCAGAUCGUGGACCAAUGGAUCACCAGAGGACAGCAAAGGUAGCAAGCUCGGCAAACCGCUCGUACACAUGAACGCCGAGUAUGAGAAAUUAAUUGCCACGUCUGCUUACUCCCUGACUGAGCAUGUCGUCGUAAAGUGCCCCACACCUGUUAACCUGAAGAUGGAACGGAAAGAGAUAAAAGACGAGAACUCCGAGGCCCCAUUAAAUCUGUCCUUAAAAGUGUCUCUCUCCAUCCCCGCCAGUGCGGAACCCAGAAAUGCAUUAAUUCCAAUUGGCUGUUCGUUUUGUGCAUAUAAAACCAUGUACCCAGAGGUUCUGAUAAUGCACAAAAAGCUCACUCAUAAAGACAAGUCAGACGGGACAAGAAAGAACAGAUUCGGCAGUUUGAAAGACAAACGUUACACAGGUUGCCCCCCUGCACUCGAAGGGAAAGACGUCACUCCGCUUACGAUGAUUGACCGGCGCCACCCUCGCCGAACCAAGUCCCCGCCCCCUCAACCCGCAAAACCACAAGAACAGACACCCAUUAAACCCCCGCAUGCCCCGAAGCGGUCCCCCAUCCGUGCACCCGCGGUUGUCGAAGAGACCCAGCGUCGCACGCAUAGCGUUGACACGCAUCCCAGUCAGGAAUCCUCCAGGUACACGGAGCUCAUGAGGAAAUCCAACGCGGGGAUCAAGUAUGCCAUGGACCGACCAGCCCCCCACCCAGACCGAGUGGGAAUCGGUGAGAGGAGUUACCCGGCGAGAAGCGGCGGCCUUUGGCACACGGAUGCUGCCCGGCUGUGCCUGUCGAGCCGAUUUGGGAGCCUCCCCCAGAUGGAUUUUGGUGAGCCUUCCAGCAAGAGGUUGAAGUACGCGGUACCUAAAGGCAGGGAGGCUGACACCGGUGAGAAGCCUGGCUUCAGAGGACCAGCAGGGAACGUGUCCAACAGGCUGCUCAUCUCGGGGAGGAGUGUGAAAACCGUGCCACAAAUGUCGGCUCCAUCCACAGUUUCUGACACCUUGGGUUCUUUGAAGACGACGUCUGUGGCUAUCGGGGGAGGCUUGGACGCUGACUGGAGCAUGAUGGACCUUCUGCGCUCCUACACACCCAGUGACCUGGCGUCUCUCUACGGCUCACCAGCCAACCCAACUCAUGGAGGUCUGGCCAACCCAAGAGCAGGGGGCAGAACCGUGCUGUACCAACACUUACCCACUCUGUCCAACCAUCAGAGGAGAGACCCGUCGGGCCCUUUCCCUAAUCAGCGCUAUGGGACCACUGACAAAAGUACCUAAAGUGGCUCCAAGGUAAAAGGUUGAAACAUAUUUUGGGAAGUACACACAAUUAGAGCUUCCUGUUUUUUUUCUGAUUUUCAAACCCUGACCAGAAUAUCUUACCUGGUGCUUGAUAUAAAUCAAUCAAGUCAUACUUGAAAACUGUACUGCUCCAUUAUUUAUCCAUUAACCUUUUUGGAGAAUUUGUUCAAUAUACAGCAACAGAGGGUAAUUGUGUUUCAUAGACAUUUCAUGGCUGAGGCCUUUAUUGUACAUUUUUUAUUUUCUUUAUUGAAUGAAAAAGUGCAGAUCGUCUCUCUUUUUGAAAAGGCUAUUCCACUGGUGUGCACUGUGAUAUUUGUUUCCAUUCAGAACUGUUUCUUCAUCCACAUUUGACCCACACUAAUGUUCAGAUCUCUGUAAGUGUCUGUGACAUAACGGUAAAUGUGUAUGUGGGGUAACGUAAAUAUAUCUGUCAACUUUCAGUACAUAGAAAUUAUAUAAAAAAACGUAAGAAAUAUAAUUUGUGUGAGAAAUUGCUGCUUUGUUCACUUACUGUUUAUGUCCAGGCAGUAAUUAAGCACUAGUCUAUUCCCCCCCCCCUUUUCCAAGGCACUGAAGGUUGGGUAUUUUCUGUUUAAUAACUUAAAGGCUUCGGCCCAGUGGUUCACAAACGGGCCUCGGUAACACGUCCUGUGUAUGUUGAAGUGGUCUACCUCGCAUUGUGCGCUUGACGCUGUUAUUUUUGUAAAGCUGCUGUGGCGCUCGUGUCAGCCGAGCCUCUGCACCGAGUUGUCUAUCGACUAGAGACGGAUGCUUUUGUGGUAUAACUAGAUGAACAUGCGUUUUUCGGGUGUCGGGGUAUUUGUCAGGCACCGCAUAAAACAGACUCGCGAGGUACAGAUCCAACUGCUGCUGAGGCCACAUCGACCUGUGGCACGUGAUUGACUGUAACACGGUGUGGGUUGAGGAGUUCUUUGACACGCUUGGUGUUGACGAGCCCGGGUUUUUAAACACAACGCAACUUUUGAAAUGGCAAAUGGCUAUCGUCUGCUUUAGUGGUGCCUCAAAUCCAUAAGCUGUACCAAAGUUCUGUUUGUGUAUUAAAUGGUCAUGCUGUAUUGUUUUAGACUGCACAUUUAGUCACUUUUCAGGAGCUUUGCUCAACUAUGCAGUCUUGAAAGUGUUAUUUAGUUUCAAGUGGCAGCAGUCGGUCCCGGCUGGUCAUCACUGUGUAGUUUGGAGCAGCGAUGUUGAUUUAAUGGCUUGAUUAAUUACACACUAUGAACAAAGUCUCAGGUUUACGCAUUUAUGAGCCAUUUAGUCUGUUGUGUCAUUGAGUAUUUUUGCCACUUUUGAAAGGCUUGGGUUAAGUUAUUUCUUUUUUUUUUUUCUUUUUUUUGGGGUAUUCACAUUACUGGUGUACUUUCUGUAAAAAAUUUAAAUAUUGUUUGAGAUUUGUAUGACACGUUUCAAUAAUAAAGUGAGACGAAAAGCUGUGUGUUAUGUGUUACCUCACUCUGGCCUCCCACAGUGUACUCAGUACAGAGCACAGAUGUAGCUGUAGGUUGAGGGACUGAAAUAAACUCAAAUUGGUACCGUGUGAUUUGACAAACCUGUCUUUAAUUUGGACAUCUCCCAAGUGUAGAGGUUACAUAUACCUGGAGCUGAAAUGCUUAUUGAAUUGUCAAAUAAGUAAUUUUAUGGAUGUAUCAUACUCUAAUAUGCACAGCGUAUACAUCUACACUGUACACAGUUUUGCUUCUAUAGACAGCAUUUAUACAUUAACAGUUAUUAAAGUAAAAGACUGAAGACUAAGAGAUGGUGGUUCCUUGACCUUUAACCUGCUCCCAGGGUACACCCUGCAAUGACUGCUUUAAUUGCUGACUACAGACUAGUCCGUGUCUGAUUUAGAUCAAUUCAGAAUUGGAUCGUUUUUAACACAUCCACAUUUUCUAGCUUUUGAGUUAAGAUUGCAGUCAUAUCAAUAUGGAUGCUGUGGCAGUAACAUGUUUGUCAGAGUAAUGCUGCAGUAUCUUCAGUUCCUAACGAGGAAAGAUUUAGUCAACAUGCAUCAGCCUCACACCUCCACGCCAACACACAUUGUGUCUAAUGCCAAAAAAUGGAAAAUGUCUGCAAUAAUUUACAUUAGACGAAUGUUGCAUUUCCCCAUCAAUGACCCACAUUGACCACUAGAGGGCAGUAUUUACAAAGUCUAGAUCAGAGCCGUGUCACAUUCUGGUUUCAAAGCCUUGUAUGUUGAGUCUGAAUAGCAGACCUACAUAUGUAGCACAGUUAUAAGUCAGAUCACUGUGGCCAGGUUGGGAAUGGAAUUACAAAACUAAUUCAAAAUACAGGAGUAUUCAUUAGCCUUGAUACCGAAUGGAGUAAAUUACACACAUCAGUCUUCAUUUGAAGAAGUACACUUCUCCAUACAGGACAAAAACCUGCUUGUUCUGCUCUCUUUGCUUUGAAAGUUACAUACUGAAUGCUGCGCCUGUGGCCACACCCUAAUUUGGUGAUGUCAUACAGGUGUUAGCAGUCAAAGGCAACACACCUGCUUUGUGAUUCAGUGGGCAUGUACUCCUUGAAAAAUAAAGCUUUCUGAGAGAAGUUUGGUCACAUCCUCUCCAAGACAUGAGCACACUAUUGUUGAAUUCCCUCACAUGUAUAAACAGAGAAGACUGACAGAACCUAUCACGGCGGUGCAUUCUGUAAACAACAAAUUACAAGGGACAAUCUUCAGCACAUUGAACACUUUAAACUU